CACCGCCUUCCCUCAGCGCAGAUGAAGCUGCUCCUUCCCCACUCGCGCUCAGGUUCGGUCCCAGGCAUCGGAUCUUCCGCGCGUCGGCGGCUCCCCCUCGGCGGCGUCCAGCGACAGAGGGGCAGUCCCAGGCUCGGCGGCGGCGUCGGCGACUCCCCCUCCCCCCUCCCGCCUCUCUCCAGUCGCUCGCGCCCUCGCUUCCGUCCUCCGCGCACCGGCCGGCGACCCUGCAUGAGCUAUCGUCAGCCUCAGGGGCGGCAUACAGGUCAUUUUGCACUCAAGACAGACAAUCAACUAGAAAUAAUCAAGAUUGCCAAACACCCAGGGUCUCCAGCCAGGCAGCAGCUUUUCAGAAAAUUCUGCUUCUCAGUUCAGUGAGUCUCAGAAUAGCGAAAACAAACAGGGCCGUGCGCCGCCCUUUCCCUUCCCUUCCUGCUGUACUGAACCGAGCAUCUCCAAGCUACAUGCAAUUGAAUCUGUCCCAAUCACUAGUAUUGACAUAAAUGUUCCUGCGGCAGUUGCUUCUCCAUGCACGAUGCCGAUGCUCGCCUCGGAUGCCUCAGCUCCCCAAACUCCUCUUUCUUUGCCGUGAACUCUCCAUCCACCCUUCCAAAGUCUUGGCCGCACCACCGAAGCGCCAGUCUCCUUAUGUUCAAGUCCGGCUGCUCCAAAGCUCACCUCAGUCCAGUUCUGACCUUCUUGGGUCCGGCUUCCACAUUGAUGUGGUCGACUCCGACCUCUGGACCCCGUCCUUCGGCUUCUCUUCGGAGGCCGAAAGGGGCAAUGAGUACCUGGAUGACCUCCACCGGAAUGACGACAGUGAAGUGCGAGACUUUAGUGAUGAGAUCGAUGACAUGCGGCACCGCAAGAAGUUGUUCUACAAGCUGGACCGGCAAUCCAAGGAGUACGAGGAGAACAGCCUGCCCUUGCGCCGAAGAAAGAAUAGGGACAAAACCAAUGCAAAGAACCCAAAGGAAUGCAAGGUGGAGCCUGCCAAGUCUGUUUCUUCCAAUGCUCCAAAGGCAACAAAGUGUGCAAUUAGAGACGAUGACAUGGUUGAGGUGAAGCGGGAACGGAUGCCAACGUUCAACCAGAUGACUGAUCCUUACCACCACCCUUUCUGCCUCGAUAUACAUGUUACAAAGGGGUCAGUGCGUGCUUGCUUUGUGCACCGAGUGACGAGCAGGGUGGUUGCAGUUGCACACUCUAUAUCAAAGGAUAUGAAGUUUGAUCUUGGUUCAAAGAAGGGUAAGGGUAUGAAGGCAUGUGCGGCAGUUGGUGCAUUGCUUGCAAAGCGAGCAUUAGAGGAUGAUAUUCACAAUGCACUGUAUACACCAAGGAAAGGGGAUAGGAUUGAAGGAAAAAUUAAGGUUGUGUUGCAUGCAAUUAUUGAGAAUGGAGUUGAUGUGAAGGUGAAACUGAAGCAAAGAAAGCUGAUAAAGAAUACAUUGGCGUGCAGCACUGCAGCAUGAUCGGUCUCCUGGCAGGUCAACUAUUGUUCAGCAUAACUCCUGAGUAGCAUUGAGCACGAUGCUUCAGAAGCCGUCUAAUUUCAUCUGCAAAACUGACAGAGAAGGGGCCACAUGCAGCUGAAGGAAAUGUGGCAAUCCUCCCAUGUGGUCCUAGUGUAAUUGUUUCAUGCGCUUGUGUAUCUCACAUUCUCACUCGUGGAGCCUUCUUACACACAUAGUCACAGCUUUAGCUAAAAUCUGUAUCAUUAGGCUAGUAGCUAGGGUUUAGGCAUGUGAUGGCCAUUUGUGCCCAGUUUGGAUUCCGUUGCUGCUGGUUCAAGUUCCAGUCUUCCAGGAUCCCUUUAUUUGAUUCCCACAAUGACACAAGUGACAACACAGCGCCAGAACAAUGCUUUGUACAGUCCUUGCUCAUGUAUUUGAGUAUUUAUGUAUCGUUUGCCCCCUGAAAAAUAUUGUGAUGAACAUCUGAUCCUUUAUGAUAAGAGUACAUGAAAACUUAGCAUGUGGGGUUUUACAUGUUAGAUAUA